AUGGCAAACGUCCAAUCUAAAGAGCUUAUAAAACGCUAUCUUACCGAUUCGAAGGAAUUCCCGCAACUAGUAUCGCGGGACAAGUUUCACUCCAUAGUUCAGCUAGUCUGCCGCAACCGAUUAUUGAACGAGGAGGAGGCUCAACUGUAUGAAAUACUAUCGAGACAAAAACAGAACACUCUUGAGCGCGUUGAAUUAAGUAUUGACCAACUGGAUCUGGGACGAAUAGGUACAGAUAAUAAUGAGAGUACUGUGCAGCUGGAAGAUUUGAGCCUUAUGCAAUUGACAGAGUCAAUGGAUCAAUUGAACCAGUCUCUGGAGUCACAAAUAAAGGCUAUUGAGCAGGAUGUGAAAGUCGAGCUAGAGGAAAUUAAUGAGCAAAUCGAUGCUUUCAAUGACCUCAGAUAUGGAACUAUCAACUUUGAAUCGUCAGUUGAAUCAUUAUGUACAGAUUUACAACAGCUAGAGAAACGCUUACUGGAACUGGGGAAGUAA